AUGGAAGUGACACGCUACUCAAACAGUCCGAAUACUGGUUGGCCACAUCAGCUUCAAAAGCCUGUCUUGGAGCCAUCCAUCUUUCUUGGUCCCGGUGUGGUACUCGACGACCAAGUCACCAACUCUCUUCAGUCUUCACAGUCUCAUCCCAAUGAAAUGCAUCAAUUCAAACUCAAAGCCAUGCUCUACACCAAACUAAGGUGCACCAGCUCCUCACCACUUCUUCCUCACACUUUCAAACCAGAAAAGUCAAAUUCUUCCUUAUCAUCUUCUCUGGACUACACACAAUGGCCUGGUCUUCAGAACUGGAGAGAUAGUCCCAUAAAUAACUGCCGGUUCUGGGGAUCCACUGGUCCUGAAUCGUCAAUUGAAGUACCCAAUGAGGGUCCAAUGGUUUUGGGUUCUUCACUAGCAGAGAUGGGUGCUUUGGUUAUGUCCACGGCCGACCCUUUAACAAAAUCAAAGCUAUCUCAUUGGGCUUAUUCUAGAUGGCGCCAAGAGAAACUACCUAUUGGGUCCCAUGAACCGCCUACUCGACCCGCUCGUCCACCCAAACCCAAACUGGUUUCCCCGAAGGAAAUCCCAGCUCCCAAAAACUCAGGAUUGCCUCUCAAUGCUUAUAUGCUCCAUAAUCUUGCCCAUGUUGAGCUCAAUGCUAUUGACUUGGCAUGGGAUACUGUUGUGCGAUUUUCACCAUUUUGUGAACUUCUUGGAGAAGGGUUCUUUGCUGAUUUUGCUCAAGUGGCUGAUGAUGAGAGUCGCCACUUUGCUUGGUGUUCACAAAGACUGGGUGAGCUUGGAUUUUGCUAUGGGGAUAUGCCAGCUCAUAAUUUGCUGUGGAGGGAGUGUGAAAAAUCAUCUGAUAAUGUUGCCGUACGCCUGGCUGUGAUCCCACUAGUUCAGGAGGCCAGAGGACUUGAUGCUGGGCCUCGGCUUGUGCAAAAAUUAAUUGGCUUUGGAGAUUGUAGGUCUUCCAACAUUGUAGCCCGGAUUGCUGAUGAAGAAGUUGCUCAUGUGGCAGUUGGUGUUUCCAAUUUCGUCUCAGUCUGCCAGAAAAUGGGUCGUGCACCUUGCCCCACUUUCAGAGACUUGUUGAAAGAGUACAAUGUUGAGUUGAAAGGGCCCUUCAAUUAUUCAGCUCGAGAUGAAGCUGGUAUUCCUCGCCAGUGCAUAGAUAAAACUCGGGGCCAAGUUCAGUGUUUAAAAAAAAAAAAAAGGCCUAGCCCAGCAUUACAGGUCAACAGCGCAGGUCCCUUAGCCCAUGACAUAACUGGGUCCUCCAGUCCAACAAGUUCCAACCCAAAUCCACUCCGGCUUAGUGCAGCUGCUCCAGGGCCCGACUCAACCGGCCCAGCCCGUCUCUUCAUCGAUUCGGUCUGGUUUAGACCGAUUUUUGUCCGGUUCAGGCAGAUCUUUGAUUUUAGAUCGGUUCAGCCUUCGUGCUCUCCAGUUCUUGUUGCUUCUCACCUACUCCGUCCAGUUUAG